AUGGAAGCAAUCCCCAAGUUACUGAAUGAAGAUGAUAAUUUUUUCUUGGAUGUUGUUCCCACUGCAAUUGAGAUCAAAGAGGCAGUUUUUAGUAUGAAUGCAAAAAGUGCUCCAGGGCCCGAUGGCUUUCCUGGAUGUUUCUACAGAUUUGCAUGGAGCGUUAUUGGUGUAGAUUUGAUUGAAGCAAUUCCAUAUUGCUGGUCACACAGAUUCAUUCCUAAAGGAUUUAAUUCAAACUUUAUAUUCCUUCUUCCUAAAAUUCAAGGUGCAAGAAGAGCAGAACAAUUUAGACCUAUAGGUAUAGCAAAUUUCAUUUUCAAAAUCUUCACCAGAAUUCUUACUACUAGAAUCAGUUGUUUGAUUGGAAGGCUAAUGUCUCCUCAAAAAGUACUUAGAAGAUUUGGUUUCUCUGAAGUGAGCAUUAACUGGAUAAGGAAAAUCUUUGAGUCUGCAAUGAUCUCUGUGCUUGUUAAUGGUGGACCUUGUGGGUCUUUUGGAGUUGGAAGAGGACUCAGACAAGGUGAUCCACUAUCACCCAUUCUUUUCAUUCUUGCAGAAGAGGUUCUUAGAAGAAAUAUAUCCAAUUUGAUACAAGAAGGAAAGAUACAAGCAAUGGUCACAAGAGGUGGAAUUUCUGAUACAAGAAGAAACGGGAUUGCUGAUUAUUUACAAAUGGGACUUUCAGAACUCCGUGAUACCUACUUGGGUGUUAUUCUGUUUCCAGGAAGAGUUAAAACAUAUCAAGUUUGGGGGAUGCUGGAACUAAUGCAGAAAAUGUUAGCAGGUUGGAUUGCAUUCCAAUUUACAAUUGUUUACAAGUGGCCUAAAAAUGUUAUACUGGAAUGUGAAAGAAUUGUCAGGAAUUUUUUGUGGUCUGGUGACCCUGCAGUUAAAAAACUAAUCACAGUUAAGUGGGAUGAAGUAAAUGCUCCAACAACAGAAGGUGGCUUAGGGCUAAGCAGAUUGGAGGUGAUGAAUAAAUCAUUGCUGAUGAAACUACUAUGGAAGAUUGAAACUGAAGAUGUUGAGUGGACAAAUUUAUUGAGAUCAAAGUACAAAAACAAGAACAAUGAAUGGACUACUACUUACAAACAGUCAUCCAUUUAG